AUGAGUCUGACUCUUCAGACGGGAGAUGAGAUGUGGCCACAGACGCCUGGAGCUGGACUGACGCAUGUGGCUGCCAAUCUGGCCUCAGGAGGUGUCUAUAACGCACUGCUCUGCAAUGACUCCUCCCCCUCUUCACUGACUCCUUCCCCUCUGCACUGGCUCCUCCCCCUCUGCAAUGACCCCUCCCCCUCUGCACUGGCUCCUCCCCCUCUUCACUGA